AUGAACAGCAAAGGUAUUACCACCUUGCUCACAAUCCUGCCAGACCCAGCUCAUUCUAGCCUGCCAGACCCAGCUCAUUCUAGCCUGCCAGACCCAGCUCAUUCUAGCCUGCCAGACCUAGCUCGUUCUAGCCUGCCAGACCCAGCUCGUUCUAGCCUCCCAGACCCAGCUCAUUCUAGCCUGCCAGACCCAGCUCAUUCUAGCCUGCCAGACCCAGCUCAUUCUAGCCUGCCAGACCUAGCUCGUUCUAGCCUGCCAGACCCAGCUCAUUCUAGCCUGCCAGACCCAGCUCAUUCUAGCCUGCCAGACCCAGCUCAUUCUAGCCCGCCAGACCUAGCUCGUUCUAGCCUUGCCAGACCAGCUCAUUCUAGCCUGCCAGACCAGCUCAUUCUACCUGCCAUACCCAGCUCAUGUCUAGCCUGCCAAACCCAGCCAUUCUAG